CGGCACACUGUACAACCAGAGCGUUAUCAGCACUUCCUUCGCCUACCUUAUCUUGAAACGCCUCUAUUUAUUGGCGUCAUACCGCGACAGCCAAAGCACUCCUGUCUCUUGACGGCUCACUUCGCCCGGUGAGAAAUGGACGCUUUCGGAGCCCCCACAUACAGGCCCGUGUGCGAGUGGGUCAUGUGCUUCGAGAACCGCAUCCCGUACAACGCGGUGCCUGGCGGUGAAGACAGCGGAGAGACCAUCUACAUCGGCCGCGCUGUGCACAACGGCGAGGUGAUACCGGGCAAGGUGGUGCCGUCUCACAGCUGCUGCUACGUUGCCUACGAGGGCGCCGAGCACUGCCACAGGGACUACCAGGCUCUCAUCUCGGAUGGCACUCCGUUCGCCUGGGCGCCGGCUUCCGACGGCGCACUUCCCACCGGUGCCGUCCAGGGUGGCGUGUGCGCUUCGGGCGAGCCGCUCUACAUCGGCCGCACCUACCACGAGGGCACGCUCACAAUCGGCAAGGUGCAGCCUUCGCGCCGCUGCCUCUCUAUCCCGUACGGCGGCGAGGAGCAUUGCUACUCAGACUACGAGGUGCUGGUGGUACAGACGGUCAACUUCUGAAAUGCCUCACCAAGAAGGAAAGAUG